GCCAAGGUGAAAGGUUGACUUUGUUCCGUUCCAGCCGUUCCACUGUCCACUCGUAUCUCAGAAAACGGAGUUUAGCGAUGGAAAACUUUUUACUUUAAGUCUGACUUCGCGUGCAUUUGCAUAGGGCGUGAAAAAGUAUCUGUGGGACGUCCUUAUAAAGUAUAUUUGAACUUACAUAGAGUCAUUAAGGUGCGAGGAAAUGUUAAAACUCUGGGAAAAGUUUCUCAAAAAGGAUUUGGAUGUAUCAACCACGCACUGACUUUCCUGGUUUUUUAAAAGUAAAACCUGGUGAGUGAAGUACGGAAGUUAGUUUUUCAAGUGAAAUUUUAUCAAAACUAGAAACACUGUAAACAUCAGUCAAAAUAAAUAAACGGACAUCAUUUAUAUGAUAGAGGAGUGACUGUAAGAAUACAGUAAUCAAAAAGAUCCAGCUCUGCAAACCCCCAAUUCUAAUAUAGACAUCAAAGUUCCAAUGUCAUCAAUUAAGGUAUUACUAAAAUGACAGCCUGGAUGGUCGCCAGCGACUGGAUCCAGCGCCUCGAGGAAGCCAGAAUCCGGAGAAAACGUUCCAGCAGACGGGAAUGAAAACAAACGUUUACGCUCCAGAAACCAGAAUUCGAGGCCAAUUCCCGUAAAAUGAAUGAGCUCGCGGAGUGAGGCUGAGCAGUGCAAACAAAUUUCCCGGAGAUUAAAACCAAGAAGUUCAAGAAGAAGAAGAAGCCGAAGUUUCCGAGAGGCCAGUGACGUCAUCAUGCCUAGCGGAAGUUCCUACCUGGUUUACCUCAUACCUGGGAUCGUCUUCGCCUUCGCUGCUCUGGUUGUGCCUGCUGCCGCUUUGCCAGAAUGGAAAGAGGAAACGAAAUGGAAGACUAUGAAGAGCGGAAGGAACGAACACACGAGAAGGGGACCUCACCUCUUGCCAGGCCUACCCACAAACGUUUCGGUCACGACGGGAGGCCUAGUCACUCUGCCCUGCAGGCUGGCCAACCUCAAAGGAAGAUCUGUGUCUUGGAUUCGCAAGGGGGACUUACAGGUACUCACAACAGACAAUGUCGUCUUCACGUCUGAUACGAGAUUCAAGGUCGUCGCUUGGCGUACGGGUGUCAUAUGGGCGUGGGACCUGGAGAUCCACGACGUGGGCGUGUCGGACGCUGGGUCCUACGAGUGCCAGAUUAACACGAGACCCAAAAUCUCCCACCAGCUGGUCCUCAGUGUACACCAGGGCAGCACGGUGAUCGCCGGACCCUCCGAAGUGUACCUGGAGGCUGGUUCCAGGCUCCUCCUGACGUGUCACGUGACAGCACCCCCCAUCCCGUCGGGCCCUGUCGUCUGGUUACAUGGCGACGUCCAAAUCGACAUGCAAAGCGACAGGGGAGGCGUGAGCCUUUACGAGAGUCAAGAUGGCCUCGCAGCCUCGUCUGUGCUGGAACUCAGUAGCGUCACCAGCGGCGACUCGGGAAACUACACCUGCCGACCGUCGGGUCUGCCACCGGCUGCGGUAGUUGUGUACGUCUUGCAAGACGAGGAGCCCCGAGCCAUGCACCAUGACCUGUCCACGGCGCUGCGAGGUCAAGACCUGAUGACCCUGUUGGCGGUGGUCCUCGUUGUGUUCAGUCUCAGAUGAUAAAUGGAGGGUACAAUGUCCUCCCUGUUUCACUCGCUGGGUGACAACUCCACUCCCAAGGCUUUUGAGGUUGACUCAUGUAUAGGUGUUGGGUUCCAUGGGAACUUUAUAUUUAUGUUAAUUAUCUAUCUAUCUACCUAUCUAUACAUACAUACAUACGUAAUAUAUGUGUGUAUUCAUACAAACAUACAAAGACAAACACACACACA